AUGUCCGGCCCCACCAUGGACCACCAGGAGCCCUACUCUGUGCAGGCUACAGCUGCCAUCGCGGCAGCCAUCACCUUCCUCAUCCUCUUCACCAUCUUCGGCAACGCGCUGGUCAUCCUGGCCGUGUUGACCAGCCGCUCGCUUCGCGCACCGCAAAACCUGUUCUUGGUGUCGCUGGCUGCCGCUGACAUCCUCGUGGCCACGCUCAUUAUCCCUUUCUCGCUGGCCAACGAGCUGCUGGGCUACUGGUACUUUCGGCGCACAUGGUGCGAGGUGUACCUGGCGCUCGACGUGCUCUUCUGUACCUCGUCCAUCGUGCACUUGUGCGCCAUCAGCCUGGACCGCUACUGGGCGGUGAGCCGCGCGCUGGAGUACAACUCGAAGCGCACACCGCGCCGCAUCAAGUGCAUUAUCCUCACGGUGUGGCUCAUCGCAGCCGUCAUCUCGCUGCCGCCCCUCAUCUACAAGGGCGACCAGGGCCCCCAGCCCCACGGGCGCCCCCAGUGCAAGCUCAACCAAGAGGCCUGGUACAUCUUAGCCUCCAGCAUCGGCUCUUUCUUUGCACCCUGCCUCAUCAUGAUCCUUGUCUACCUACGCAUCUACCUGAUUGCCAAACGCAGCCACCGCAGAGGGCCGGGGGCCAAAGGCGGGCCAGGCCCUAGUGAGGCGAAACAGUCCCGUCCUGUCCCUGGGGGCACUUCAGCCUCGGCCAAGGUGCCAACCCUGGCCUCUCCUCUGUCUUCUACUGGAGAGGCCAAUGGACACCCCAAGCCCACUGGGGAGAAAGAGGAAGGAGAGGCCCCUGAAGAGCCUGGGAGCAGGGCCUUGCCCCCCAGCUGGACUGCCCUCCCCAAGGCAGAUCAGAGCCAGAAGAGGGACCUUUGUGGGGCAUCUCCAGAGGAGGACGCUGAAGAGGAGGAAGAGUGUGACCCUCAGUCAGUGCCAGCGUCUUCUGCCUCCGUUUGCAGUCCCCCCUUGCAGAAGCCACAGGGUUCCCGGGUGCUGGCCACCCUACGUGGACAGGUGCUCCUGGGCAGGGGUGUGGGUGCUGUGGGUGGGCAGUGGUGGCGACGGCGGGCGCAGCUGACCCGAGAGAAGCGGUUCACUUUCGUACUGGCCGUGGUCAUUGGGGUCUUUGUGCUCUGCUGGUUCCCCUUCUUCUUCAGCUACAGCCUGGGUGCCAUCUGCCCACAGCACUGCAAGGUGCCCCAUGGCCUCUUCCAGUUCUUCUUCUGGAUUGGCUACUGUAACAGCUCCCUGAACCCUGUCAUUUACACCAUCUUCAACCAGGACUUUCGUCGUGCCUUCCGAAGGAUCCUUUGCCGCCAGUGGACCCAGACAGCCUGGUGA